CUCUAAUUUCUGACAGAUAAUGUUUGACCAUCUUUUAUUAAAAUCCAGCAGAGAGGAUCUGUGUGAGCAGUCAUGGACGGGAGUCUGUUUGUGCUGCUUCUGCUAUCAGGGGUCUUGAGGACCACUUCUGUUGUUUAUAAAGAGUACUACUAUAUAAAUGCAAAAAUGUCGUGGCCAGAGGCUCAGAGUUACUGCAGAGCGAAGUACACUGACCUGGCUUUUGUAGAGACCAUGGGUGAUGCAAACAGGCUGGUGAAUAUAGUGGAUCCUGGAUACAGUGGAUCAGUGUGGAUUGGACUGAAGAGGGCGACACAGAAACGCUGGGGUUGGUCUAGUGGAGAAGAUACACUUGCACAGUUCAGCGCCUGGUAUGGAGCAGUAAACAGUCAAGACGACUGUGGCUUUUUGGUCUAUGGAGUAUGGUUUACUAAUCAAUGCACAUCUGUGAUUCACUUUGUUUGCUACAAUGGUGACACUGGAUACGUCAGGGUGGAGAUGUGGAAGAACUGGGCCGAUGCUCAGAGCUACUGCAGAACGUAUUACACAGAUCUGGCCACCAUCCGCACCGCUGAUGAACUUGCACUGCUCAACAGUCUUGUUCCGUCGGGAGCAUCGCUAUGGAUUGGUCUGUUCCUGGACUCUUGGGAAUGGUCUGACAAAUGGAGCAACUUCUUCAGAAACUGGGCAGCAGGUCAACCAUCCCAGAUUUCAGGAUCUGGUGACUGUGUCAGCAUGUCAACAACCAAUUCUGGGAAAUGGAUUCAUGAAAGCUGUAAUCUACGGAGUCCUUUUAUCUGCCAUGGAGGGCCCAAGUUUCCUUACCGCUUCUACCAGUAUGUGAAUGAAAGCAUGACCUGGCUAGAUGCUCAGAGUUACUGCAGAGCGAGAUUCACUGAUCUGGCCACUGCUGACAGCAUGAGUGAUGUGAACAGGCUGGUAAAUACAGUGGAUUCUGGAUACAGUGGUUCAGUAUGGAUAGGUCUCCAGGCUGGGACAUGGCAUUACUGGAUCUGGUCUUUAGGGGAAGGCGCAGUCAACUAUAAAAUGUGGAGUCCAGGAGAACCAAAUGGUGACGGGAUGUGUGUGAAAUGUUAUAAUGGCAGCUGGUAUGAUGAGAUGUGCAACAGCAUGCUCCCAUUUGUGUGUUUCAGUGACAGCACUGGUUUCGUGAUUAUUAAUAAUGCUAUGGCAUGGAGAGAUGCUCAGAAUUACUGCAGACAAUACCACACUGAUUUGGCGACUAUCACCAGCCCAGAGCAGCUGAAUCUGAUCCCAAGUCAAUUUCCAUUCUGGAUUGGUCUGCAUCUGGACUUUUGGCAGUGGUCUGAUGACUGGGACCUCAGUUUUAGAUACUGGGCAGCAGAUCAACUGUUCCUGAGUUCAGCACCUGGUAUCUGUGUUGGCAUGUCAAAAAGCAAAUCUUGGAAAUGGGCUCAAUACAGCUGUGAUCUACAGCAGCCUUUUAUCUGCUAUGGAGAUGACAAGUUAAUUAAAAAACAGAUUGUGCGAUUGAAGUUGUCCUGUAAUGGAAAAUGCACACUGAAUGAUCCUGCACUACAGACUGCCUUUCUAAAUGUGAUAAGUGAAAAGCUGAAGAGCAUGGGGCUGGAAAGUGACAAAAUGAGCUGGAUACAGGGGGAAGAUGAAGAGGUGUUUCAUCCUGAGAGUGAACAUACAGUGAAUUCAAAUAAUGACUGUAAUAGGCAGCAAUUGUGAAUGCAUUCCUUUAAAGUUAACUUUUAAAACAGAUU